AAGAAGAAGAAGAAGAAGACAGCUGUGUGAAAGUUCAGCACUCACUUAAACGUCGACGUGAACAUGCCAUGCAGGCGACCUGCGUGUACGCCACUUGACACGCAGCCCGAGCACGAAGCCAUCCUUUCGGCGUUACGAUUCUUGUCCGCCGUUAGCGUAGCUCACACUUUUGAAUAAUGCGCGUUUGCUAGCGGGCUACCACGACGCCGCUCUCCGCUUUGUUUACGAGCCACAAAUCACUCGGUAAGGUCUCGAAGGAGCGACCCCGCAGCAGGAUGGAGGCGCUGCUCGACUUUGAGAAGUGUGUCAACGACGCACCUGAGUUCAGACUGAACCUGGAACUGUUUGAGGCUGAUGUUGCUCUCCUGGAGACACAGCUGGAAAAGGUGAUGAGACUGUGCGGCAAGAUGGUGGAGUCGGGACAAGCGUACGGCGCAGCCAAUCAGCUUUUCCUGGGCAGCUUGGCCGAGCUCUUUGUGCACCACAAGGAUGACGGCGGCGUCACGAACUGUCUUAGCCAGUUCAAGCAAGGUCUACAGGAGGCGCUCACCUUCCACUCGAUGUUGUUGGACCAGACCCAGAGAGCCAUCACCCAGCAGCUCACCAACCUGUGCAAGCAGUUCCUGCCGCAGCUGGCCGACACGAAGAGAGAGUUUGUGCGCAUCGGGGAGGACCUGGAGACUGCGGUGCUGAAAAACGCUCAGGUGUCUCGCCACAAGGCCGCCGACGCAGAGCGGGCAAGCCACCUGCUGCUCGCCACCCGCAAAUGCUACCAGCAUUUUGCCCUGGACUACUGUCUACAGCUCAACAACUUCAAAACUCAGCAGAGGAUUGAAGUCCUGAAUUCGGUAUUCUCCUUCGUCAACGCUCAGUUCACGUUCUUCCAUCAAGGCUUCGACCUUCUCAGAGACCUGGAGCCCACUAUGAGGAUCAUGGCGGCGCAGCUGUCUCAACGCUCGGCAGACUGUGCGAGCAGAAGAAAAGAUCUGGAGAACUGUCACCUGCUGGUCCAACAGAGAGAUGCUUCAGGAGAGACGCUAGUCAGCCCAUGUCCUGGCAGCGAUGUCAUCAUCCAAGGUUACCUUUUCAAGCGCUCUCGACGGAAGGCCAAAACCUGGAAGAGAUGCUGGUUCUUCAUCAGAGACAACCAACUUCUUUACAGGAAGUCCCACAAGGAGGCGUCCAUGGUCCUGUUCGAGGACCUGAGACUCUGUGCCGUCAAGUCUUUGGACCACUUGGAGCGCCGCUUCUGCUUCGAGCUGCUCUCAGUGCAGAGGUGUUGCCUUCUGCAGGCCGACUCGGAGCACGUCAAGUUGGCGUGGCUGUCCGCCUUGCAGGGCAGCAUCGACAUGGCGUAUCGAGAGCGAGGCGACGCCCAACCCACUCAGGCACGCCACUCACCAAUAAUUGACAUCUUUGUCGGCGACGCUGUGUCAUUGAAGUCCUGUGUCCUCCAGUCUAAGGAGCCCCUCCCUCCAAGUGAAGGCGACAACUCAUUGGCCAAUCAGAGAACGCCGGCGCUGGUUGUGGCCUUGCAGGGUGCUGGGAACCAUCGGUGCUGUGACUGCGGCCAGCAGGAACCACGGUGGGCGUCGGUCAACUUGGGCGUGACCAUGUGCAUCGAGUGCUCCGGGAUCCACCGGAGUCUGGGCGUCCAUCUGUCCAAGGUGCGCUCCCUCACGCUGGACUUGUGGGAGGCGGAGCAAUUGAAGCUGCUGUGUAUUUUCGGAAACGACGUGGUCAACGAGAUCUACGAGGCGCGGUGCUCAGAGGGAGGAAGAGUAAAGCCCACCAAGGACAGCUCUCGCGCUGAGAAAGAGGCGUGGAUUCAAGACAAGUACGUGGAAAAGACGUUUGUGCAGCGAGAGAGCGGCCCAGAGCGCACACAGCGUGACAUAGACGAGGCCGGGCUGCGUCUCUAUCGGGCUGCCGUGGCUGGGGACCUGGUCGCCAUGGCAACGGCUCUGGCACAGGGGGCAGAGGUCAACGGGUGUGUCGCUGAGGAGGGACGCGCGGCCCUGACAGGAGCGGCCGUUGGGGGAUCGCUGCUGGCCUGUGAGUUUCUGCUGCAGAACGGAGCCAACAUCAACCACAGAGACCUGAGAGGACGCGGUGCGCUGCACGCCGCUGCCACCGCCGGACACACGGGGCAGGUGUGUCUCCUGUUGAAGAGAGGGGCCAAUCAGUACGCUGUGGACGAGCACGGACAGGACCCGCUGGCCAUCGCCGUGGAAACGGCACACGCAGACAUCGUCACGUUGCUGCGCAUGGCAAGGAUGAACGAGGAGAUGAGAGAUUCCGAAGGAGUGUUUGGAGCAGCAGGAGACGACCAGACCUUUCAGGACAUUUUCAGAGACUUCAGCGAUAUGGCGUCACAUGACCCUGAGAAACUGGCCAGACGCAGGUUUAGUCGCGGCGGAGAUGACCACAUUCCGUGAUUGGAUUCCUCACUAGCUGGUACUCCGACUUCCUCCCACCUCCAAAGACAUGCACCUGGGGAUAGGUUGAUUGGCAACAUUAAAUGGUCCCAAGUGUGUGAAUAUGAGUGUGAAUGUUGUCUUAUCUGUUUUGUCCCUGCGAUGAGGUGGCGACUUGUCCAGGGUGUACACCGCCUUCCGCCUGAAUGCAGCUGAGAAAGGCUCCAGCAUCCCCCGCGACCCCAAAGGAGAUAAGCGGUAGAAAAGAGAUGGAUGGAUGAAAAAACCCUGCUUUGUCAUUUCUUAUUUGUGUGUUUUUUCACAGCCUGAAGCAGAGGGGGUGAGAUUUGUUUAAUUUUCCUGAGGGAACUCUCCUGAAGGAAUCAAAGUACUAUCUAUUUAUCUAUCUAAGCUCCUCUCCCUCAGGCUGAGAGUUUAACUUAAUGUUCAAAUAAGUACAUCCACCUCGCUGAGACAUCACAACGUACCCAGACUGCAAAAACCCCGCCAACAGAGGCCUUCAAAGUUGCGCGCAAGCUCAUGCCAAACUGCGUGAACCUUAUGAUUUGGCACUGUUAAAACACGAUUAUCCAACAUUUAUAAAUCAGAAAAGACAACAUUCAUCAUGGGUCCCCUUUAAGGUUUUCCUGUGGCGCCAUCAUCAGGUCAAGACUGGAAUGAGUUUUAUGAUCACAUUCCUGUCCGCUAACUUGUUUGCAUGCUAACAACACACUAAAGUCAGAAAUAGUGAAACCUCAGCAUGUUAGCACUUGUCGCUAAUGCUAACGAGGCAGGCAGUCCAAGAACUGCGAGGAGAUGAUUUGUACAAUAGGGGUGUUCAGACCUAAUAUCUCAAUUUGAUUUGUACUAUGUGCUGAGGCAAUAAGAAAAAGAGAAGUGAGCUUUGGACACCCCCUUAUGUAAGCUGUGUGUCAUUACCCAGCACGCACCUGGACAUUACACUCAUACUUGCCAACCCUCCCGAUUUUCCCUGGAGACUCCCGAAUUUCAGUGCCCCUCCCAAAAAUCUCCCGGGGCAACCAUUCUCCCGAAUUCCUCCCAAUUUUUCACCCGGACAAUAAUAUUGGGGGCGUGCCUUAAAGGCACUGCCUUUAGCGUCCUCUACAACCUGUCGUCACGUCCACUUUUCCUCCAUUCAGACAGCGUUCCGGCCCAGUCACAUAUUAUAUACACCUUGUACAGACACACAUAAGUGAAUGCAAGGCAUACUUGAUCAACAGCCAUACAUGUCACACUGAGGGUGGCCGUAUAAACAAUUUUAAAACUGUUACAAAUAUGCGCCAUACUGUGAACCCACACCAAACAAUAACAAACAAAUUUUGGGAGAAUAUCUGCACCGUAACACAACAUAAAAAAUAACCAGAACCCCUUGCAGCACUAACUCCUCCGGGACGCUACAAUAUACCCCCGCUACCACAAAACCCCCCCCCCAUCUCCCAAAUUCAGAGGUCUCAAUGUUGGCUAGUAUGGUUACACUCAGUGAGCUGAAAGCUUGUCUGGGACCAGUGUCAGUAAUUGAUUUGGGGAAAAAAAAAAAAAAAAGGAAUAUUCUUCAUGUUUAUAAAAAUAUGUUGUUUCGCCUCGGUGCUAAGUUAACGUGCACCUAACGUUUCUCGUUUACUCGACCAACAAAAGGAACUUUUUUAACUCGUGGGUGUCACCUCAGUGCUUGUGAUGUUUCUAUCAACCAGUGGCCUUUUGUGAAGAUUAGCUAUUUCAAAUGAUUUCAAGUGAAGCUCACACUGCUGCUCAGACUAAAUAUUUAUGAAGUUGGAGGCUGCUAAAAAAACAAUUUUGUGUAGUUUUAAUGUCUCUUAUGAAUUGUUUUGAAUUAUAUAUUUUAUUCACCCUUGGCUGUUACAGUGUGUAAUGCUAACAUGUAUUAAACAUUUCAAACAAAAA